ACAAGGGAUUCUUUCUUUGCCGGGGUGGGGGGCGGGUUUUCAGCCUCUGCAAGGGGGAUCCGGCCUUUGGAGCUGAGAGCAGCAACUGCGGGGGCGGGGCGGGGACAGGAUCCCAGCGCCCAGAUUUUGCCCCCCCCCAUCCCUCUGCGAUGCACCCAGACUUCCAGAAGCUUUUCCGAUGUCCGGUGCAGAAUUUGCUGCAGGAUGGCUUUCUGGGGCAGCAGGGCUGGUUCUGGGGCACCCAAUCGACACGGUGAAGGUGCGGUUGCAGACACAGGCCAGAUACCGGAACGUUUUGGACUGUGUGGUCAGGACGUACCGUGAGGAAACGAUCCUUGGCUUCUUCAAAGGCAUGAGCUUCCCGCUGCUCAGCGUGGCCAUGGUGAACUCUGUUGCAUUUGGGGCCUACAGCAACUUCCUGCUCUACCUGUGCGGCACCCACCACCGCGAUCGCAGCACCAACCCCCCCAGCUACACCCAUGUCUACGCGGCUGGAUGCUUCUCAGGACUGGUGCAGGCUGUGGUCCUGGCCCCCGUGGAUCUCGUCAAAGUCCGGCUGCAGAACCAGACCCACCCGUACGGACACAGAGACCGGCCGGGGGCCCCCCAGCCACAGUACAGGGGUCCAGUGCACUGCGCUGCCAGCUUACUGCGGGAGGAAGGCCCCCGUGGCCUGUUCCGUGGGGUUACGGCGCUGGUGAUUCGCGACACCCCCACCAUGGGCAUGUACUUCCUGAUUUAUGCAGUGUUCUGCAGGGCGUUGACUGCAGAAACACAGGAGCCAGGCUCUGCCACGGUUCUGCUUGCCGGUGGCUGCGCCGGGACGGUUUCCUGGGCUUUGGCGACCCCGAUGGAUGUGGUGAAGGCCCGUUUGCAAAUGGAUGGGGUGAAGCGAGUGGCGUAUCGGGGCGUCCUGGACUGCAUCCUCUCCAGUGCCCGGCAGGAGGGCCCGCGGGUGUUCCUAAAAGGGCUGGCCCUGAACAGCCUCCGCGCUUUCCCAGUCAACGCCAUCACCUUCCUGAGCUACGAGACUCUCUUGAAGCUUUUCUGCUGAACCCCCAUUGUAUCCUCAGGAGGGGCUGGCAUUGCUGCCCUUCCUCAACUUAUUCAGGGCUUUCGCACCAGCAUCUUGCAGCCCAGAGACUCGGGGCAGAGGUGGCACCUAGCAGGCUGGGUGGGUCGUGGUCCCAAAGAAAGCUCAAAGACAUUGACCACCUCUGGGCAAAUCAUACAGCAGUUUAGACUCCUGGGCACAUCUGGCACAUUUUAUCAAGUGCUGUGGGCACCGCUCCCGCUGCUCACUGCUAUUCCCCCUCCUCUGGAAAAACAGAGAGAGAAGAGGAAGUGGGUGCACUCGGAGUCAUAGAAUGGUAGAGUUGGAAGGGACCCCCGAGGGGCAUCUAGUCCACCCUCCCUG